GAUAAACCAAUACAUUUGUGAAGUUAAAAAGAUUCCCAAAGGAAACAGGAAUUAACAUCCUCGAAGCUUGAUUAUAAAAAAAUUUUUUUUAAAUUAAAAUCCUAAUCUCCACGUUUUUUGCUAGGCGAGAACCGAAGUUUGGAGGUAGACGAGCAGGCGAGCGGUUUGCCCGGGCGCAGAGCAUGAAGGCCGGGCGGGCGCGGGCAGCGGGCGCCCGCCGCCCGGCGCGGGGGUGAGCGAGAGAGAGAGCGGAGCGCGUGUGGCCGGCGCCGCUCGGCCGGGAGCUCCCGCGCCCGCGCCCCGCGCCCCGCGCCCGCCGCCGCCGCCGCCGCCGCCGCCGCCCCUGGUGCGAUGGCGCAGAAACCCCGUUGACAAGGCACUGCUUUUUCAUGACGUUGGGAACAGAAGAUGGACUAAGGAAGAUAGUCAGACGAAGCAGUGUGUGAUCAGUGUCCAAGGACAGCUGUUGCUUCCAGAAUUCUCAAGACAGCUCAAGGUUGUCAGAAGUCACAGAGGUCAGGCAGAGAAAACAUGACUCUGAAGACUGCAACUAUUCCUUAGCUCCUGGCUGCUUAAAUAAAGUCAACAAUCCAUUUGCUAACCUCAGGAUCUUGUAGAGUUGUCAUGGAUGAUGAUGAUGACUCGUGUCUCCUUGAUCUUAUUGGAGACCCACAAGCAUUAAACUAUUUUCUACAUGGACCUGGUAAUAAAUCUAACAAUGAUGACCUGACUAAUGCAGGAUAUUCUGCAGCCAAUUCAAAUUCAAUUUUCGCCAACUCUAGUAAUGCUGAUCCUAAGUCAUCCCUCAAAGGUGUAAGCAACCAGCUUGGAGAAGGGCCCAGUGAUGGACUGCCGCUUUCAAGUAGCCUUCAGUUUCUUGAAGAUGAACUUGAGUCUUCUCCUCUUCCUGAUCUCAGUGAGGACCAACCUUUCGACAUUCUUCAGAAAUCCUUGCAGGAGGCCAAUAUCACUGAACAGACAUUGGCAGAAGAGGCAUAUUUGGAUGCCAGUAUAGGUUCAAGCCAACAAUUUGCACAAGCUCAGCUUCAUCCUUCUUCAUCAGCAUCCUUUACUCAGGCUUCUAAUGUUUCUAAUUACUCAGGUCAGACGCUGCAGCCUAUAGGGGUGACGCACGUUCCUGUUGGAGCAUCAUUUGCAAGCAAUACAGUGGGUGUGCAACAUGGCUUUAUGCAACACGUGGGGAUCAGUGUUCCCAGCCAGCAUUUGUCUAAUAGCAGUCACAUUAGUGGUUCUGGUCAAAUACAGUUAAUUGGAUCAUUUGGGAAUCAUCCUUCCAUGAUGACUAUUAAUAACCUAGAUGGGUCUCAGAUCAUAUUGAAGGGCAGUGGACAGCAAGCUCCAUCAAAUGUGAGUGGAGGGCUUCUGGUUCAUAGACAGACUCCUAAUGGCAACUCUUUGUUUGGCAACUCCAGCUCUAGUCCAGUAGCACAGCCUGUUACCGUUCCAUUUAACAGCACAAAUUUUCAGACAUCUUUACCCGUACAUAACAUCAUCAUACAAAGGGGUCUUGCACCAAAUUCAAAUAAAGUCCCAAUUAAUAUACAGCCAAAGCCUAUCCAGAUGGGUCAGCAAAAUACAUACAAUGUGAACAAUUUGGGAAUUCAGCAACAUCACGUACAGCAAGGGAUCUCUUUUGCUUCUGCAAGUUCACCCCAGGGCUCAGUAGUUGGUCCACACAUGUCUGUGAACAUUGUAAACCAACAACAAAAUACAAGAAAGCCGGUCACCUCACAAGCAUCGAGCAGCACAGGGGGCAGUAUUGUUAUUCAUUCCCCCAUGAGCCAGCCUCAUGCACCCCAAAGUCAGUUCCUCAUACCUACAAGCCUUUCCGUCAGUUCCAACUCGGUACAUCACGUCCAGACCAUAAAUGGGCAACUUCUUCAGACUCAAUCCCCUCAGCUCAUUUCUGGUCAAGUGGCCUCAGAGCAUGUCAUGUUGAACAGGAAUUCUUCCAACAUGCUCAGGACCAGUCAACCAUAUUCUGGACAAAUGCUCAACAACCAGAAUACCGCCGUCCAGUUAGUGUCUGGGCAGACGUUUGCUGCCUCUGGAAGUCCAGUGAUAGUCAAUCAUGCCUCUCCUCAGAUUGUUGGUGGCCAGAUGCCCUUGCAGCAGGCAUCACCAACUGUAUUACACCUGUCGCCUGGGCAAAGCAAUGUGUCCCAGGGGAGACCUGGCUUCACCGCCAUGCCCUCAGUGACAAGCAUGUCAGGACCUAGUCGGUUCCCUGCUGUCAGUUCAACCAGCUCUGUCCACCCUAGUCUUGGGUCUGUAGUUCAGUCUGGUGCAUCAGGAUCAAACUUUACGGGAGAUCAGCUGACCCAGCCAAACAGGACUCCAGUACCAGUCAGUGUGUCUCAUCGUCUUCCAGUUUCUUCUUCCAAAUCUACCAGCACCUUCAGUAAUACUCCUGGAGCCCAGCAACAGUUCUUCUGUCAGGCUCAGAAAAAAAGUUUGAAUCAGACUUCCCCCGUUUCUGCUCCCAAAACCACAGAUGGCCUGAGGCAAGCGCAGAUCCCUGGGCUCUUGAGCACCACACUGCCAGGACAGGAUUCUGGAAGCAAAGUUAUAUCAGCAUCCUUAGGAACUGCACAGCCACAGCAGGAAAAAAUAAUUGGAUCAUCUCCUGGCCAUUCAACUAUGCAGGUGGAUAGUCAUCUGGGAGGACAAAAAAGGCCUGCUGCGAAACAACUAACAAAAGGAGCUUUUAUUCUCCAGCAGUUACAGAGGGACCAAGCCCACACUGUGACACCUGACAAAAGUCAGUUCCAAUCACUAAGUGAUGCGGUGCAGAGACUGCUGUCCUACCACGUGUGCCAGGGCUCCAUGCCCACUGAAGAAGACUUGAGGAAAGUGGACAAUGAAUUUGAAACAGUUGCCACUCAGCUCCUAAAAAGGACCCAAGCAAUGCUUAACAAAUACAGAUGCCUUCUCCUAGAAGACGCCAUGCGGAUCAACCCCUCUGCUGAGAUGGUUAUGAUUGAUAGAAUGUUCAACCAAGAGGAAAGAGCUUCCCUGUCCCGAGACAAGCGUCUGGCCCUUGUUGACCCUGAGGGAUUUCAGGCUGAUUUCUGUUGUUCCUUCAAACUUGAUAAAGCUGCUCAUGAGACACAGUUUGGUAGGAAUGACCAGCAUGGCAGUAAAACAACCAGCUCUCUACAUCAGACGGCCAAGACCCAAAGCAGGGACCGAGCCAAACCAGGUGUGACAGAACCAACAAAUCAUGACCAAUUUCAUCUAGUGCCUAAUCACAUUGUAGUCUCUGCAGAAGGAAACAUUUCUAAAAAAACAGAAUGCUUCAGUAGAGCGCUGAAAUUUGACAAAGUGGGCUUAGUUCAAUACCGGAACACAUCUGAAGAGAAGGCCAGUGAGUGCUCUCCCGGCCCUGAUGGGCACCGGAAAACCUCAUCCAGACCAGAUCAUGGUACUGAGAGCAAACUCUCGAGUAUCCUGGUAGAUUCACGCUUGGAGAUGACGUGUAACAAUUCCUUCCAGGAAAAAACUCUGAGGAAUUCUCCAAAGAAUGAAGUUUUACAUACAGACAUCAUGAAAGGAUCAGGAGAGCCCCAGCCAGAUCUCCAGCUCACAAAGAGUUUAGAAACCACAUUUAAGAACAUCUUGGAACUCAAAAAGACUGGGCGGCAGUCCCAGAGUGACCCAACGGUUAGCGGUACUGUUGAGUUAGAUUUCCCCAACUUUUCUCCAAUGGCUUCGCAGGAAAACUGCCUGGAAAAGUUCAUCCCAGACCACAGUGAAGGCGUUGUAGAAACUGACUCCAUUUUAGAAGCAGCUGUAAAUAGUAUCCUAGAGUGUUAAUAGCAGCAGUCCCUCCCCUCCCUUGUCCUGAGACCCUGCCCCAAACAAGUUACAUUCUUUCCUGGCAAAAGCAAGUGGAAACGGUCUCCUGUCUCCAGUCUGCUUGAUCUUUCAUCACAGGUUAUUCUUUCUAAUCUCAACCCUGUUCUUUGUUUAAGAGCAAUACUUGUCGUGGUUACAGGGAGAUCCUUUAGGAAAAUUAAUCCUAUUCGAAAGCAGUCUGAUAGGCCCCACACAUUUCAAGUGUUAUGAAAAUGCUUUAGUCUUUUUUUUUUUUUUUUUUUUAGAAAAGUUACUUAAUGAUACCACAGUAUACUUGGCCCUGGGUAAAAUUUUGACAAUCAUAAGUCAUUUGAAAAGAACAGAUUUAUUAAAUAAAAUCAAACAGGACUAAUAGAAGCUAUUUUUAAAGAAUACCCCACUGCAUCUCUAAAUUUGGUUUUAUGGGUUUUUUGUUGUUAUUUUGGAUAUUUUUUGUUUUGUUGAGGGAAGACCACAUGGUUCCCCUCCUCAGCCAUCUCUGAGCAGUAAGUUGCUGGCUGCUCUGCCAGGGAGUCCACAGCCUGGGUAGAAAAGCCAGUGACACCUAAGCAGAGCUUUAGCAGGGCUUCCCUGUUGAUGAUUCAAGUGCUUUUUUGAUGCUCCAAGAGCAAAACCUCAUGCUUUUUAGCAUAUCAGUGUUGAGUUUGAUCUAGGGAUGCUCUGUUCUUAGUUGCAACAGCAUGACUUGAAAUAAUUUCAGCAGGCUAAAUAAAGGAAAAUGGAAACUAAGAGGCACAGUGUACAGGGGAGGCCGGGACAGAGCCAUGAAGAUUAUAAUAUGUAUAUAUGUAAAAGCAUAUAUAUGUUAACUAUUGAGAAAAAACAAGAGUUUUGCAUUUUAUAAUUGGAUAUAGUCAACACAUGAUGUAUGUUUUUGUUUGUUGCUGGGUUUUGUUUAACCUCUCUUUGUACCCUCUCCCACAACAAAUAGACAAGCGUCAAAAGCACUUUCAUUUGAAAACUAUAUUGUAAAUUUUUUAGUUUAAACUUAAAGGGGACUUUGGCCUUGUUUAUGCUUCUUGUUGUCUGAAAACAGUAGUCACCCCUGGCAGCAAUCAUUACCAAAAUACAGACAAACCAAAGGUAACCAGCCAGCCCACCAUUGAAAGGAAAGAUCUGAGACACAGGAUUCCCAUUUGAGAGCCAAAGGUUAUGCCCUGUUACAAUUUGUGUUCAGCUUGUCUGUGUUCAUAAAGGUGAACAUGACUUAUUGCUUUAUUUAUUUAUAUUUCUUUUCAGGGAGUGUUUCCAGUUUUCCUUUCCUAUAUACCUGCCCUAGUUCAUCACAUUUCUGUUGUUACUUUCAUUCUCAAUGUCAUUGUAACCAUCACUUGUCUCCUAUCAUGGGGAAGGCUACAUAAUGGUAUUUUAUAUCCAUUCUUCUCCUCGCACACAUAUGCACUGUAUCUGAGCUGCUUGGAUCCAGAGGUCACACUGGUUACAGUGUGUGCAUACUCACUCUCCCUCUUGUUGUGUGCAUACUCUCUCAUUUUUUUCUGUUUAUGUCCCUGGCUUUAGAAGUGUACCCACUGGUCUCCACUUUAAUGUGUUGCCAGGAUCUGCUCUGGCUGCCACCAGCAUGGGGAUGACCCCCAUUGUCAUCAUGUUGGGCAUUUCUUUUCCAGAUUGGCCUGUGAUGGAAAGGAAAGCUUCUGAUUAUUAGAAAACACAGCAACAGAAGACCUAUACACCCCCACCCACCCACACAAAGAAACCCUGCAAGACAGCCUGUCUUUGUAAUACUUUCUUCCCAACCCCACGCCCUGGCCAAUAGAAAUGGGAAAAUCUGGGCCAUUUUAGGGUUACCAUUUUUUCCUUAUUUGUGCCAAUGUCCAAAUUGCAGAUUUCCCCUUUUCCUGUAUUGUAACAUAUUAGAAAAAUAAGUUGGUAUUGCCAGUUGGAACUUUCUGUUUGGGCAGCCCUGGGCUAACACCCUGCCCUAAAUUCCAUGAUUUCAUAGGCUCUUAUCUUAGGGCUCAUGCUCCCCUAAUUCCUAGCAAGAUGUAAUGAUAAUCCCUCCUGAUCAAAUUCUUCUCAUUGUGGAACUUUAUAUCUGGAAGCCUUCAUGUGGGCUGCUAAUGAGUUAAUUACUUCGAAUCAGUGGAAUUCUCAAGAGACAAGAUGUGCUUCAUGUACAUUUAUCACCUCUCUCCCUGAUCCUGCCCCGCUACCCCAAUCCUAACUUCUACAUACCAUCUGAAAGGGUUUUUAAGCCCUAACACUUGUCUAGCAAAUGGAGAGCCUAAUUUACCAAAAUGAAACGUGUAAAUUUUUGUGUCCUUGUAAGUUUACUUUUUAUGGAAGAAGGAUUCUAGAUAAUGACAGACAAAGAUUACGAAAUGUAUUUUACUCCUGUGAUUAGGUUAUAUGCACAUGGGUCAUAACUCGCAUGUCGAGCCCCCUCUGGUGAAGGGUAAGAGAGCUCAGCCUCGGAUGGCCAAUAUUCACUUGUUCAGGUUUGUUAGUAAAGUUAAGUUUUACAACUUCUUGUACUCAGUAACAAAAAUGAUUUUCUUUCUUUUUUUUUUUUCUGUUGUUGUUGUGGAAAAGUGUGAAUUUGUUAUUAAGCAUUUGAUUUUCUGUGUCCUUACAUACUGCCUAAAGAUAAAGCAAAUUUUAAACUGGCAAUUACGAAAAAAAUAUUUUAGCUCUGAAGAAUUUAGUAAACUCUGUUAGAUUAGGGAGGCCUUACAGACUGACUUGACUUAAAGAGGACGCGUCACUCGCUGUCAGUGUGGUGUGGGCUUUAUUUGCUUAAAUACCUUCAUUUGUAUAGUAUGUCUCACUUGAAAUUGCUUUGUAUACAUUUUGUAAAAAUAUUUAUAAAAUGUUUUGUAAAAAAAAAAGUAUAACAAAUUGCAGUUUAUUUUGUUAUGUUGGAUAAAUACUGUUAAAAGAAACCAGUCAGUAACUAUAUUGUUAAUCCAUGGUUAGGAAAUGUUUAGUUGGAGAUUACAAAAUGAAACAACCAUUGCAAUACAGCCAAAGAUUUGGGAAAA